ACCAUGCUGAAUGUGCUGCUGCUGUGCUGUGGGCUGCUGCAGGGGAUCCAGGCUGUCCUCAGUGCCGACCUCAGCUGUGGCCACCUGCAGAAGGUGGGAGGUGGGCUGGAGGGGGUGGACAGAGCUCGCUACUCCAGCCUGCUACGCAAGGUCAAGCAUGAGGUGUCUGCAGAGCCAGAAGGAGCUCUCCCCAGGCUUGAGGGUAUGGCCCUGGAAGUCCAAGAAGCCAACGGUGACCUGGUGCAGAGAGGCAGCGUGUCACAACCACAGGCCUCAUCCACGGAGCUGCAGGCUGCAGGCCGUGAGGAGCGCUCGCCCCGCCGCUGCGUCCGGCUGCUGGAGUCCUGCCUGGGGCAGCAGGUGCCCUGCUGUGACCCCUGUGCCACCUGCUACUGUCGCUUCUUCAACGCUUUUUGCUACUGCAGGAAGAUCAGCUCCAGUUUCCCCUGUGGCAAGAACUAG